UGCAUUAGGAGCAUAUAACUUGAAAAACCCUAUUAUAGUAUUCUCAUUUCGAGGGCUCAUAGUCAGACAUCAGAUAGACUUCAAGUAGGCUAAAGUCAUGUUUAGAAUUGAAGUUAUCGGAAUUUUGACUCUAUUUUUUUGGAUAGGUUAUGUAAAAGGGGGAUACCUGUGUCAACCAGGUACUCAUUGCAUAGCAAACUGCAAGGGUGGAAACAAUCAGCCAAAAUGUCAAGAUUGUCCACGUGGAACCUUUUCUACAAAAGAAAAUACGGCAUCAUAUUGUGAAGUCUGUCGCCGGGAAGAACAUUGUCCAUUAGGAACAGUCUUCAAAAAUACUUGUACUAGUACCACCGAUAACCGCUGUGAUUGUAAAGAUGGAAGUUAUUGGCAGAGUUACGACGGCUACGAUGGACGAUGUUUCUCACAUAGUAAUUGUAAGGAGGGCGAAGUCGUAGUGAAAAAGGGCACGGCAACUGAAGAUACAAAAUGUGGCCCGAAGCCAACGGACACCUCUAGCACGGGUCGAGAUGAGAAAGACUCGACUGGUAAACACCAACCUGGCACUGAUCAAGAUGGGAAGGACUCGACUGGCACUGAUGGUGAUGUUAACCAUGUCCUGAAACCCCCGGGCAAUGGUGAUGCCAAAGGAGGAUCAGAUAGAAUUCUGACAGUGCCAAUAAUACUGAUAGUUUGUAUGUCUGGAUAUGCCGUCUACAGAAUGUUUAUAAGAUACACACCGAGAUUGAUACAUGAACAUCACAAUGAUUAGAUCUGUCUUCUGCUCUUUUCUCGUUUGAUCUGUAUUUCUAUUUCAUUAUAUCUGUGAUAAAUAUAUAAAUAAAUAAAUAAUAAC